AUGAACGCUCCAUUCCCUCAGUCAGGGAGAGGAGAGGAGAGGAGAGGAGAGGAGAGGAGAGGAGAGGAGAGGAGAGGAGAGAGAACUUCAAGCACCAAGAAGGUCAUGAUCAUCGGGAAAUAUGGGACCCACUAUGGUGCCUCCCUCUGGAAAAUGGUGAAGAAAACUGUAAUCAGCCAGCCCAUCAAGUACACUUGCUCCUUCUGUAGCAAGACCAAGAUGAAGAGACGAGCUGUUGGCAUCUGGCACUGUGGUUCCUGCAUGAAAACAGUGGCUGGCAGGGCCUGGAUCUACAACACCACUACUGCAGUCACAGUGAAGUUUGCCGUCAGAAGAUGGAAAGGACUGAAAGACCAGUAGAAGCCCUACCAUCUGAGACUCGCCUGGCCUCCAAUGAACGGGUUAAUUUACAGGAAAAACAAACAAACAAACAAACAAACAAACAAACUUAAAACGGGCAACCCUCAGCCCUGACAG